AAUAGAAAUUGAAACUUUCAUCAAAAAGCUCGAACUUUAUCGCGAUAAAUUCACCAAUAAUUAUGAAUAAUUGUCUAAAUAAUCAUGUACCUGAAAACCGUAAAGUUACCUACGUUCACAAUGACACCUUAAUGCGCCUAUCAUCGAAAAUUCCCAAUGUACAGAAUAGAGCUUCAGUCGUUCAUAAUCUGAUCAAGUCGUACGAUUUAUUGAAGCAUAUGAACGUUGUAAACGUUGCUCCGGCGACCACCGAAGACUUGUGUAAAUUUCACAGCAGUCUUUACAUCGAUUUCCUACGAAACAUUUCAGAAAACUAUACCAAAACUGUAGAAGAGGAUAAAGACGAAGUAGUCGAAGAGUUUUCGAAUGAAAGUGAAGAUUAUGGAAUAGGUUAUGACUGUCCAAUUGUCGAACAUGUUUUCGAAUUAUCAUCGUUGAUCGCUGGAAGUUCUAUAACAGCAGCGAAGAUUUUAUGUGAACGUAAAUCCGACGUUGUUAUUAAUUGGUAUGGAGGAUGGCAUCAUGCCCAAAGAGAUCAAGCAGAAGGAUUCUGUUACGUGAACGAUAUUGUAUUAGCUAUCGAAGAAUUAAGAGUAUCGUUCGGCAGAGUUCUAUAUAUAGACUUGGAUAUACAUCAUGGUAACGGAGUCGAAAAUGCGUACAACUUUACAUCCAAAGUACUCACUUUAUCAUUCCACAAACACGAAGCCGGUUUUUACCCAGGAACCGGUGAUUUAAAAGACGUAGGCAUUGGAAAAGGCAAAUUUUACACAGUUAAUGUACCUCUAAAAGAAGGAAUGAAUAAUAUUUCGUAUCGUUAUUUAUUCGAAUGUAUCAUCAAAGAAAUUAUGACCAAGUAUAAACCUAAUGCUGUGGUUCUUCAAUGUGGAGCUGAUGGCUUGACAGGAGACAAGUUAGGCGGUUUUAAUUUGACCCAAGAGCUAUAUGGGUAUUGUUUGAGACGAGUACUCGGUUGCAAAAUACCCACUUUGGUAUUAGGCGGAGGAGGAUACAAUGUGCCAAAUGUAGCUCGAUGUUGGACUUAUUUAACCGCUAUUUGUGUGAAUCAAAAUAUAUCGAAUAAUAUACCAGAUAAUGAAAAUUUCAGUAUUUUUGGACCUGAUUUCACCUUAAAUAUAACCGAAAGUAAUCGAAAAGAUUAUAACAGUAGGGAAUACCUCAACUCUGUACUUCAUGAGAUAAUUUAUAAUAUUCGUGAUAAUAUACAAUAAGUGAGACUGAAAAUGAAAGUCAUUUAUAGAAGCAAAGCUGGUCUUUGGAUUGAAGUAUUGGUUUAUCAUCGUGUAAUUCUUUUUGUAACUUUAGGGUAAUUUGUACCUUUUUGUUUAAUCGUGAUAAUUUUUUAAUUUUGAAAUAAAUCGAGUAUUUUUUUACAAU